UCUGUCGAACGCCAAUCAGUGAACAUGGUCAUCCAGGGUUUAAUAUCCAUGCUACGCUUGUUAUUGAUUUCUUGUUAACGUGUGGAAGAGAUCGAGUCUGUAGAUUCGGCGUGUUUUGAUUAGUCGUAACCGUAGUGGAUGCCUUUAUAUUUGGAUGCUAACGAGCACCUUGGCGUUGCCCAACCAGUUGAGGCAUAUUAGUAUGGACACAUCUUUCUCCAAUGCUCCGCAUAUGUGGCAGUGUCGUGUGGUCAAACCGAUUGCCGCUGGUGCCGGUCACAUGUGCCUUUUAUGCAGUUUCGAAGAGGUUCCGACGAAUUUAUUUUGAUUUUAUCGAUUUCAUAAGUAAAUAACCUCUUUCCCGGAUUUUCAGAAUUUCGGAGUGAAAUGUUCAAUAUGCCUUGUUUUCGCUCUGACUAGGAGAAAUAUCAUCUACAAAUGAGGUGACGUUGACUGCAGUGAAGAUCGUUAAUUGAUAAAUGUGUAUGUACGUCUUGCCGUUUGGAAUUAUAUGGAUAUGUCGUAACUGCUUUUGAUUUGAAUGCUUUUUAAAACGUGCUUCUCAGAGUUUUUACACAACUCGUCGUUCUCUUCGGAAUCGAAUCUUGUAUCAACGAUUUAUUUUCGCUUGAAGCAGAAAUAUUGAAGGAUAAGUCUUUGUAUCGAGAUGGGGAACUCUAUGUGCUGUCGAAGGAGGUGCCAGUCGCGGAACGUUUCAUCGCCGAAGAAGCUGAAGAGGGGCGAAAGCGUCUUCGACCAACAUCCAUGGCUUCGGAAACUCCAAAGCGCCCUCGUAACGAUCUCCUUGCUCGCCAUCCUCUUCGGCUACGCCUUCAUUGGCGCUGCCGUGUUCGUCGUUCUCGAGAGCAACACUGAACUCGAGGCCCUCCACCGGUAUGAGGAGGCGCGACGAGAUUUCCUUGGACACGUCACGAACGUAACGCUCAAUUUUUCGUCCAUAGAAGACCCUAGUGACAUCGACAUCGAUGACAUGAAAAUGGAUCUGCUUCUCCUCGUGGACCAGUACGAAGAUGCAAUGGAAGACGUCCUUUGUAAACACCAUACCUCGGUCAAGACACGAAACGCGACCGGCAAGCCCAGGUGGAAUUUCUUUGGAGCUUUGUUCUUCUCCGCCACCGUCAUCUCAACCAUAGGUAGGAAAAAUGUUUACCUUUGACACGCAAUCAUAUUCAUAUUGUAAUGAAUG